AUGUUCACCUCCUCCUUGGACCCGCCAUUACUUAGUGCGUUUCUAAUCAAAUGUGUGGCCACGUUUUCAUCUUCUAGUAGGAACCCAAGCUCGUUCGACUUCCGCUUGGUCUGUAAUCUUUGUUUGCUCUUUGACCCGGUGUCGGUCACGUCCUCCACAAGAGGUAGUUUAUCUUUCGAGCUUGGCCAGAUGGUGUCCACAAACGACUUCUUUGGCUUCACCAUCUUCUUGUUCUCCAUCCAUCUCACCACCAAUCCAACGAUCUCCUCAUUGGUGAGCAUCUCGUACAGACCGUCAGAAGCCAUCACCAGAAAAUCGUGUUUUGAUGGAGAAACCUCGUGCGUGGUGACAACCGGCUCGGCAGUCACGUAUGGCGGGGUCUUCAAGUUGGCAGGCAGCUGUCUUCCAAAGAACUGGUUAGCCACUUUGGUCUGUGUGCCUUUGUCCCAUUUGUACCUGGCGUCUCCAAACGCUCUUGAAGGCUCCAACGAUCCAAGCACUCUUCCGUUUCUCACCACGUUCGGCUCGUUUGGGUGUUCGCUCAGAAGCUUGGCCACCUCUGUUGGGUUGGAACCCGUCUGGUCGGUCGACAACGCGGUCACUGUCCAGUGA